AUGAAAUUGUUGUCUUCGUUGCAUUAUGCUAUUAUAUCUUCGUCGCAAGCCGGCACUGUGCCCACGGUCUUCAAGAGGGCUUCGGUCAACGACGUCGCAACGGUCGGGUACGCGACGUUGAACGGCGGAACGUCAGGAGGCUCAGGCGGUCCUGUCACAACUGUUUCCACACUCGACGAGCUCACUGCAGCUGUGGCUGGUGAUGACCCCAAAGUUGUCAUCGUCCAAGGCACAAUCACAGGUGGCGAUGUUGUCGAAAUAGGAUCAAACACCUCCGUUCUCGGUGCGUCAGGUGCAACCCUCGUUGGCGUUGGCCUGCGAGUUCUCGAGAAGGAGAAUGUCAUCAUCCGUAACUUAAUCAUCCAGAAGGUCCUUGCGCCAGGCGACAACAUCGGUAUCCAACAAGCAAACAAUGUCUGGGUUGACCAUGUCGAUUUGAGCUCUAACUAUACGUUUAAUAAUAAUAUCAACAGCUACGAUGGCUUGCUAGAUAUCACGCACGGAUGUACUGGUGUCACCGUCACGAACAGCUUCCUCCAUGAUCACUGGAAGGCGUCCCUCAUCGGACACUCAGACAGUAACGGAGCGCAGGACAAAGCAAUCACCGUCACCAUGGCUAACAACUACUGGUUGAACCUGAACUCGCGCACGCCUUCAUUCCGAUUUGGAACAGGGCAUAUCUUCAAUAGCGUCUUUGACGACAAUGACGAUGGUAUUAAUACCCGUGAUGGCGCACAGCUGCUUGUAGAGAACAGUGUCUGGUCGGGAGCGACAAAGGCCAUCAAGAGUACUGAUGAUGGCUUCGCUGUCUCGGAAAACAACGAAUUUAAUGGUGCGACGGAUACGGCAGCCACUGGCACGUUCACGGACCCACCAUACGACUUUUCGUUGAUUGAUGUGGACAGCGUGCGGGAUGCCGUAGUUGGUACUGCAGGUGCUACUUUGGAUUUCUCCGCUUAA